AUGGAUAAAUUAGAAGCUGAUUCAGACGUCAUCAAAGAAAAAAUUCACACUGAACCGGUAUUAAAUGACCCUCGAUAUAUAACCUUACUAAGCUUAAUCGUGUUAUUAUUUACUUUCGUUUUUUGGUGGUGUUUCUCACGACGUCGUCAUCUGCGACGUUCUAUUCUAAUUACGGGGCUUUCGGAGGCUGGCAAAACAUUGCUAUUUGUUAGAUUGGCUUAUUCUCAAUACAGACAGACUUUCACGUCAAUGAAAGAGAAUAUAGAAGAGUAUAUUACAUCUAAUAAAACACUGAGGAUUGUGGAUUUGCCAGGUCAAGAACGUUUAAGAAAUAAAUAUUUUGAUCAAUACAAAAGUAGUGCUAAAGCCAUUGUUUAUGUUGUUGAUUCUGUUACGAUUCAAAAAGAAAUUAGGGAUGUUGCAGAGUACUUAUAUACAAUACUCUUGGAUCCAGUAAUCCAAAGCAAUUGCCCUCCUUUAGUAAUUUUAUGCAACAAGCAAGAUCAACCUAUGGCAAAAGGCAGCCAAGUUAUCAAAGGCUUACUUGAAAAGGAAAUUAACCUAGUGCGUGUAACGAAAUCAAGCCAGUUGCAAUCUGUUGAUCCAUCCCAAUCAAAAAAUUCAACUUAUCUUGGGAAACUUGGCAAAGAUUUUGAGUUCUCUCAUCUCAGCUGCAAAGUUGAUGUCAUAGAGUGCUCGGCAAACACCGGUGAAGAUGACAACCCCACAGAUGUUAAAGCUCUUCAAGACUGGAUAUCUAGACUU